ACGAGGUUCCCGAGCGGUUUGGUGGCAGCGGCGUUGCGGGUUCGCUCCAGACCGGGGUCGGGCGGGAGGCUGUGGGAGGCCGCGGGCGUCCCGGUGGCGGAAGGGACAGCCCGGAACCCGUCCACGCGGGCCAGCAGUCGCAGAGAUGCAGAUCUUUGUGAAGACCCUAACGGGCAAGACCAUCACUCUCGAGGUUGAGCCCAGUGACACCAUUGAGAAUGUCAAAGCCAAAAUCCAAGACAAGGAGGGCAUCCCUCCUGACCAGCAGCGUCUGAUUUUCGCGGGCAAACAGCUGGAAGACGGCCGCACUCUGUCAGACUACAAUAUCCAGAAAGAGUCCACCCUGCACUUGGUGCUUCGCCUGCGGGGUGGCAUCAUUGAGCCUUCCCUCCGCCAGCUGGCCCAGAAAUACAACUGCGACAAGAUGAUCUGCCGCAAGUGUUAUGCUCGCCUGCACCCCCGUGCAGUCAACUGCCGCAAGAAGAAGUGCGGCCACACCAACAACCUGCGCCCCAAGAAGAAGGUCAAAUAAGGCCCCUCCACCGGCUCUUCCUUUGCCUGCAGGACGGCCUCCUGCCCGAGCCCCAAGGCCCUGGGGCCUCAAUAAAGUUUCCCUUUCAUUGACUGGAGCAGUAA